AUGUCCUCUAACCAAGACGAGGCAGCCGUGUCGCCAACCAGCGCCCGGUCGCAACCCGAAUCUGACCCCCAGCCAGCUCAUGCUUUUGCUCCUCCUGCCCUAGCAGAGCCAUCGACGCCAGCCGCCGCUGCCGCUGAUGCCGCCGUCACCACCCCCGAGCUCGAUCUCCCCAAGCUACAGUCUCUCCCCACCGAGCAGCAGGACCUCUUUCUCUUGGCUUUUGUCGCCACCCUAUCUAAGCAUGUCCUCGACCUCGACGCCGACGGCUGCACCGCACAACAACUCUACCUAAAGCGCGAAAUCUUCCAGAUCAUCAACCUGUCCACUCCGGCGCCCUCGAGGGUUAUCCGUAACAACCUGGGACGAUGCCUGGCACAUGUCUUCUCUAAGGGAGACAGGAAGCUUCUUUUCGAGACGGUCAACGACCUGGUCGCCAUCAUCGCCGGCGGAAAGGCCAAAUCGGAGUCGACGUUGCGGACAAAACAUGCCGCCGUCAGCUGUCUCGGCGACGUCUUCGCCGCUGCUGGUGAUAGCGCGAUUGGCCUGCACCAGAUCUCGUGCGCCACCCUGAUCAAGCACCUCAAGUCCUCCUCGAAUCAUGCCGGCCUCCGUGCCGCCUCAUUUACCGCUCUCGAAAAAAUUGUUACAAUGGUGGGAAAUCAACUCGACGAGAGCGUCGCCCGUGACAUAUGGAAGCAGUCCAGGAACUAUGCGUCUAGUGACAAGGGCGGCCUUGUCGUUGCCGCCUCCUGCCGCUGCCUCAAGGCCCUCGUCCGCCACACCGGCUAUUUCCGCAACUCGGCCGACUUUGACAAGCUUGAGACGGCGAUCCUGAAGCCCUUUGACUCCGCCGUCCUCCAGGUCCGCCACGCUGCCGCCGAUUGCUUUUCCGAGGCCCUGGCCCACGCAUACUCGCCUUCGGCCGCCAGCGAUGCUGCAGCCAGGGGUAAGAAGCCGAAGAAACUCAAACGCACUUCGACACAUCCGGGCAUCACCGGAGAUGAGGACGAGCUCCCUCCUAGGCCAGAAAGCCCUGCACCGGGAGGCAAGCGCGCCCCCGACCUGGCCAUGUCCCUUGUGGAGAUUCUCAGGCUGCUGGCCAGCCACUUCACCAAGGCCACCACCUCCAACCGCACUCGUGCCGCCAUUGGCGUGUGCUACUGCCAGCUGUUUCGCCGUCUGGGGGAGAAGAUCAUCGAGAGCAAUUACGUGAGGAUUGUUGAGACCCUUACCGUGGACAUCCUGGGCCAGGGGUCCAUUCACAACCAUCGUUAUCGCCUACUCAUAUCUCGCAAGAUGAUUGAUACUGUCAUACAGGACGUUAUUGGCCACAGGAUCCUUGGAGAGUCUGGCCAGAAGUCUGCCGCCAAACUUCUCGUCAACGACAUCUUGAAGAACUACCCGCAGGCGCUCGCCGAAAAGCCCGAGCCGUCCAAGCAUACGCUCAUCACCGUCCUCAGCGCCCUGUCGUCUCUCAUAGUAUCCCUCGGCUCUGCCGCCAAUUCCUUUGCCGAUCCUUGUAGGGAUGCCCUGCUACAGGUCCUUCAACACCCCAGCUACUCGGUCCAGGUAUUCACCUCCCACUGCAUCAAGGUCUUUGUGGCGGCGUGCCCCCAGCAACUGCUAUCAUGCCUGUCCAUUUGUAUGAACAGCCUGACCAGGGAGCUGCCUCUUCUUGGAACUGGCCGUAGCUCUCACACAAAGUGCAUCGGCCUUGCGCAUGGCCUUGCUGCUGCUCUGAGUGCGAGCCCAUCACGGCCGUUGCACGGAUCACUCGAUAUCAACAGCCGUGUCCUGUCCAUGUCGACGAACCUUCUCAAGUCAAGCAGUCAGUCCGAGCUCCGCGUUUCGAGCACUCAAAUUCAGGUGGCAUGGAUCCUGAUCGGCGGCCUCAUGGCUCUUGGGCCCAACUUCGUCAAGAUCCACCUUUCGCAGCUGCUUCUCCUAUGGAAGAACGCCCUGCCAAAGCCUCUGGCCAAGGACAACACUUCAGCCCGGAGCCUGCUAGAGUCGUCGUUCCUGACUCACGUCAGGGAGUGUGCCCUUGGUUCCAUACUGGCUUUCCUGCAGUUCAACAGCCGUUUGCUAACUGUCGAUGUCUCUAAGCGUGUUGCCACCAUGCUGCAGAACACGACCGCCUUCCUGAGGACCCUGCCGAAUAAGAAGGUGACGGAAGACAUCUCCCAGAGGCUGACACCCGCACUGCAGCUACAGGACCUCGAUAUGAUGGUCCAGAGGCGAGUCUUGCAGUGCUACAUCAAGCUGGUCAAUCUCAGUCCCACUGCGGGCAGCGAGGCCCUGCUCCAGUCCAAUCUUCUGACCCUGGCCGUGUCCUGCUUUGCCGACCCUGAAAAUUACGCCCCUAGCUCCCUCAGUGCCUCCAUCGCCAAUGCUGCGGCUACUUUUGAAUCAAUAUGGGAUGUUGGUGACAACACGGGCUUUGGUGUCACGGGGCUUUUGUCUGGAUUCGAUACCAAGAGGCUUCCCGGCCAGCACGAUAGCUCGGUGGAAGCUGUUGACGAGGACAAGACCCCGGAACACGCUAUUGACCGUCUCUUGCGUUCCCCUAUCUGCGGCAGCUUGGAGCACGAUGCCUCUUCUCUCUACAUUGACGGCGCCGACUCCUCGGAGCCUCCCGACCCGCCAGCAACUGAGGUUAUCAACUCUGCCAUCCAGCUGUUUGCCUUUGCCUUCCCCUUGACGCCUGCGAAGGUGCAAGAGAGUAUCCUUGAGCAGAUGCGCACUUUUUCCUCUGCUGGCUCUCUUCAGCGUGAUCCCGGACGCAAGGAGGCUGUGAAGGUAAACCUGGCGACGGCUAUCCUCGCUUCGUUGAGGAUUGCUGUUAAGGAGACACAGUCAGGCUCCGGAAACAUUGAGAAUUUGGCGGUGGAGAAGCUCCUGCAAGAAUUUGUCCGUGACUUUGUCCUUGACUCUGACCAGUACAUUCGGAGCCUCGGCUAUGCUUCCGUCGCGCGCCUCUGCAACGUCUAUGGCAAUGCCUUCACGAACAACGAGGUCAAGUUCCUCGUGGACACGAUCGUGACCAACCGAGAGCCAAAUGCUCGUGCUGGUUGCGCCAUGGCCCUCGGCUCCAUCCAAACAAAGGUUGGAGGCAUGGCAGCCGGAUACCAUCUCCAGACGAUACUCAGCAUCCUGAUGUCGCUCUGCAAUGACCCCCAUCCUACCGUGCACUGCUGGGCUCUAGAAGCCCUGUCGCUUGCUUCAGACGCUGUGGGCUUGAGUUUUGCCUCGUACGUGCCCAGCACUCUGGGUAUGCUUGCUCAGCUAUACGUCUCAGAGACGCAUCACUGCGAGGUCGCUGUAGUAGCCACCAUGAACCUCGAGCUGGACCUGCAGACGACAUCCACCAUUGCAAAGUGCGUCGACUCGCUCAUCAACGUUCUUGGCCCCGACCUCCAAGACUCGCUCAAAUCUCGCGAGCUUAUUUUGACACUAGUUGGGCAAUUCCAAAAUGAGGAUGAAGUUCGUGUGCAAAAGGCUGCUCUCGGCUGCUUGGAGCACCUAUCGCUGUACGCGCCUGGUCAUAUGCAUUUUGGACAGUAUGUGCGCCUGCUGCAAAAGUACCUCAACUCAGAAAAUGCCACACUAAGAGAUAUCGCCAUCGACGGACUGCACAAUAUCAUGAAGAGGGGUCCCCGAGAUGUUCUCGCCGAGGCGGAAGAUGGCUUCGAAGACCAGAUUUGGAGGGUGCUUGACACGGUGCCGUCUCACGACGGCAUCAGAACCCUCAUCCGGAACUGGAUGAUCCAGACGUGCCUCAGCGAGACCCAUGUCUGGCUGGCGCGCUUCCAGGCCGUCCUCAAGAUGACGAGGGGUCGCGCCAAGGGCCAGGAUGACCAUGCCGUGGGUAAGGGAGGAGGUGUACCUGUUCUCGACGACGAGGAGGUCGCCGGCUUUGCUUCCGCGUCAGGCACCAUCAAGCAGGACAAGGAAAAUCUGGCUUCAUCCGAGGUGGAACCCCUCAGAUGGCAGGUGACUACGUUUGCUAUCAGCUGCAUGCACGACACGUUUACUCUCAUCUCCAAGGAUGUAAUGGCUAACGGCGAGAGCCCGGCCCAGGCUGCACUCCAGGCAAGGGUGGGAGAUGUGGUACGCAUGGCCUUCUCUGCUUCCACAUCAAGCGUUUCGGAACUGAGAAUCUGGGGCCUGAAGAUUAUCGGCGCCGUGCUUCGCAUGUUUGGCAAGACUCCUGAUCCCGACUUUGACGAGGCCAUGCUCCUUGAGCAGUACCAGGCCCAGAUCGGCUCGGCCUUGACACCAGCCUUUGCUGCCGACUCAUCACCGGAGCUUGCCUCGGAGGCGGUCAGUGUCUGUGCUAGCUUCAUCUCCAUCGGCAUCGUCCGGGACGUCGACCGCAUGGGACGUAUCCUGAAAACCCUGGUUAGCGCCCUCGAGGGCUUCGCCCAGGAUACCGAGAAUGCUGGUAUCGGUGACCUGAAGGGUCUGAGCUCCAACGCCCAGGUCAUGGUUAAGCUGGCCGUCUUCAGCGCCUGGGCCGAGUUGCAGGUCUCGAGCAGCGAGCAAAAGUACCUGCUGGACGUGCUGAAGCCGCACGUCGGGACCCUGACACCCCUGUGGCUCGAAUCACUCCGCGAGUUCGCCCAGCUCCGGUUCGAGCCGGACAUCUCCAUGACCCUCGGCCCACCGUCCAUGUCGGGGAGCCUCGACACUAUCUACGCGGCAUUGAACAGGGAAACACUGCUUCGUUUCUACCAGGACGCGUGGCUCAAGCUGGUUGAUGCCAUCGCGAGCCUCAUUGAGCAGGACAGCAACUUUGUCUUUGAUGCGUUAGAUGGCAAGGAGGCCGACAACUCUGUGGCUGUCAAUGGCCAGUCAAGGAAAUCCGGCAUCAACUACCGAGAUGAGCCAGUCGCCUUCUUCUUCGUCCUCUUCGGCCUCGCUUUUGAGGCGCUGGCCAUCCGGCCCGGUCACGGCGACUCGCUCGCUACACACGAGCAGACGUUGGCCAUCCUCCAGGCUCUCAAGAAGAUCCUGCACCCCAGCGUCUCGGGCCACGCCAUCUACCGACCUGAUGUGUUCGCCGAGACAAUGGACCUUCUCGAUCGCCUCGUACUAACCGAGGGACUGGACGUGCAGGGCGCAAUUGUCGAAAUUGCCAGCGCACUGUGCCUGGCGCACCCGUCCGCGCGGCGUGACGUGACACACGAGGCCGACCUUUCCGAAGAUAUUGACCAGCUGUUUGAGCUAACUCGCAUCUUCGUCCUCGUCCUGACGGGUCUGCUGCCCAACCUGUCGGAAGGCAAUCAGCCCGUUCGCCACCAGAUGAACGAGGAGGCCAUUGUACUGGUGCGCACAUCCAUGGAUGCCUUGGUUGACGCGGCGGAGGUUUUCCCGUCCAUAAUCAAGACGGACCUCUACGCGUGCAUCAUUCACAUCUUCGCUACGACGCUGGCCACCCCUGGAUGCCAGGAACUGAUCGUGCCGCAGUGGCUGCCCACGCUUAAGCGCUUCGUUAAGAGUAUGUCCGAGUCGAGAACGGUCCCAUCCGAAGACGGUGCGGCCUCGGCCACCGAUGUUCAGAUACAGGGCUGCCUGCGACGCUUCGUGUCCAUCUAUCUCCAGGCCCAAAAGCGCGAGGCCCCCAACGCGUUGCAGUGCGUCAAGAACAGCCUCCUCGCCUCGACCAUCCUCUUCACAGGUGGCCAGAAUCAGCUACCAGCAUCGGACCCGCUGGUGGCCCGCUAUCUUGAUGAGGUCAUGGACUGCCUCACGGAUAGAAUGACUGCCAAGAUUGCCGCCAACUGCAUCCGAUCCCUAUUGGUCCAACCCUCGAGGACGGCAGCAGACCAGAGCAUAGCGCGGUACCUCUUCCCUCGUCUCAUCGCCUUUGCGACAAACUGCGAGCCUGAGGACCCAGAGCGCGCCAGGUCGCUCGUCUGUCACACGCUCACCCAGUACGUCGGCACCGUCGACAAGGACCGCGUAUCCGCCGCUAUGUCUCUCGUCAUCCCCACGCUGCUGGCCAGGACCACGGCCGAGGGCAGCAAUGGCGCCGCUACAGGCCUGUACCAUGAGACGAGCGCGAGGCUACUCGAGCUGGUUGCCGUCGACCAGCAAGCCUUCCGGGCCGUUGUGGGCGGCAUGAGCGCCAGUCAGAGAGCGUUCCUGGAAGAAGUCAUCAGGUCAGGGCAGCAGAUGUCCACUGCGGCGCCUAGGGACGAUGUCGGUCCAGAUGAGAGCCAGCCAACGAUUGCUCUCAAGAUGAACUUUGGCAAUUAG